CGACUUCCCAUUCAAAAUCGCACACCUCAGCGCGCCGCGUGUCGCUCUUGGUCCCCCCGGAAUCAACAAAUAAUAACCAACCCCAGAAAUUAACCCAACCCCACGGACCAAAAUCAAAAUCAAAACCCCAAAACACAAGCCCACAAUAAAAAUAAAAAAUAAAAAACGCGGUGUUGAACAAAAUUCCUGAAUUAAUAAGUUCGCAAGCUAAGAACCCCACCACACACAACCCCAACAACAUUUUUUUGCUGUGCGAAGCGAUAGAAAGAAGAGUGCCAAAAAAAAGAGGAUUACCAAAAUUUAUCAAUAAAAGAGGCGGUAAAGAAAUCAAUGCAAAGAUGUGUCACAAUUCAGGGAUCGUGGAGAAAAGCAACGAGCAGCAGAUCGAACGCUACAUGGCCUGUGGAAUGCCAUCGAAGGCGGUGAGGAGUGUCAAGUACACGCUGAAGAAGCGUGAAAAGAAGGAGCUGCAGCAGCUGCAGCAGCUGCAGCAAAAGAAGCAACUGCUGGAGCACAAGGAGCAACAGUUUCUCGAGAAUCUCGAGCUGAGCAGCAGUAGUAGCUGCGAAUCCUCAACGGCCAGCGGCAGUGACAGCGAGGAUAGCGGCGUUACCGAAACCCUAAAAUCCCCACCACCACCACCAUCGCCAUCGCCAUGGCAAUCCCCAUCGCCAGUCGAUACGGCGGCCACUCCAAAGGUCAGCAAACGCAGUGACCUCUUGAGGUUCUGCCCACGCUUUCGCAAAUUGCAGCAGGAGCAGCAGCAGCAAAUGCUCAAGGAGAUGGAACUGCAGGAGCAGGAGCAGAAGCUGGAGCAGGAGAAGGAGGAGGUGGUGGGUCCACUGGCCACCACUUUGAAGGCGCAACAGCAACGCAAGCUGAGCGCCAUGGAGCCGUCGAUGGACGACGCCCUGGCCAUCGGCACCCAGAUGACGCGACAGGUGUCCGAGCGAAUCACCUGCCUGGUGGCCCAGCUGCAGGCCAGUCACCUUUACACAAUUCUGACGCGUACAACACAGCCAGCACACUUGAUAGCCGUUUGCAUAUUGGCCUUUGUGCUGAUGACUGUGGGACGCGACCUCAUCGACCCAACGACAUCAGUGGCUGCAGCAGCAACAGAAAGCGCAGCAACAUCUGCAACAGCAACAUCAACGAGAACAGCAACUGGCGGCGUAUUGGCAGCACUGGUUUUCCUGGGCGCCUUUGCCACCCAUUUUGGGUCGCAGAUCUGGAUGACAUUUGUCUCGGGUCUCUCGCUGUAUUUCUCCCUGCCCCGCCACGUUUUCGGGCAGUGCCAGCAGAUCCUGUUCCCGCGCUACUUCGCCCUCAACGCCAUGCUCAGUCUGACGAUGCUGGUGGUGUAUGCCAAGUAUUUCCUCACCGGCUGGACGACAGCGGCGGGCAUCCAGAUGGGAUCGCUGGCCCUGGCGGCCGGAAUCGAGGUGGUGGUGCGUCUGUAUCUGGUGCCACCGAUGCUGCAACUGAUGCACGAGAAGUACAGGAUAGAGGAUGCGAUCGGCAGUGGCCAGGAGGUGGGCAGCCUUGUCCAGGGCGACCUCGUCGACUGUCCGCACUAUCAGCGCAUCCACAAGGGAUUCCGGCGCAUUCACAUGACCAUCGCCAUUGGCAACAUGACGGUCAUGCUGACCACCUGCCUGCAGUUGUAUUUUCUGGCAUCGAAAAUACGCCUCAGCUAAGGCAUAUCCGGAGUGAAGAAUUUAUAGAUUUAGGUUCACAUCAUUACCAUAAAAACACAAACACGCAUACACACACACACUCACACACCCCCACACACUGUAUUUCAAUGUUCGAUAAAUUGUCUCAAAUUUAUAUUGCUUAUUGAACGAUUGAUCUAACGAGCUGGUUGUAAACGGUGAAGCGGCGGCCCCUGCAUCGUUCACAUCCGACUUUUGAAUGCCCUUCCUCCGCCCCCACAACACAGACACACACAC